GGCAGACGAAGUACCCGAGAAGCCAUAGCCCUCUCUCUCUCUCUCUCUCUCUCUCUCUCUCUCUCUCUCUCUCUCUCUCUCUCUCUCUCUCUCUCUCUCUGUGUGUGUGUGUGUGUCUGUGUCUGUGCGUCACAAACACACACACACACACACAAACACACGUUGUCCUUCCUCACAUUCUGGUUCUUCUGCGAGGUCGUCAUCACGAUGGAUUGUGUGUCGAGUUCUGCGUUUGGUUGUUCGGGAGGAAAGGGCCGGGGAGGAGGGGGGGGAGGAGGAGGAGGACGACGACGACGACGUAGUCGUCUGUACGGCGUCUGCCUCUUUUUCUGCUUGUGUUUCUCUGCGGCGGUGGCCGGCCCCGCCACUCGCCCUCCUCCUCCGGUGUACGCUUCUAGCCCGACGAAGGGUGAUAUCGAUUCUUCUCUUUAUUAUCCUGCAGAUGCAUCGUGUCUUAUGGCAGCCAUCAAGACGGCCACUACUGCUAUACUCAGCCAACGUCAGUCCAGGGCUGCGACGCUGCUGCGGCUCGUUUUCCACGACUGCAUGACCAAGGGCGGCGGCUGCGACGCCUCCAUUCUGAAGCCUGCCGAGAUUAACAAUCCCGUCAACGACGGCUUGAGCAAGGUGGUCGAUAUCAUCACCGCCGUUCGCAAGCAGGCAGCAACCCAAUGCGGCGUGCUUCCCACGCUGGCGGACACCAUCGCCAGAGCUGCUGCUGCCGCCGUCUCCUUCUCCGGCCUCGGCGAUGUCGUUGCCUCCGGCUUCAAGCUGGGAAGACGGGACGUCGCUCCCAGUCAGACUGGCGACAAUCCCGCUACUCUGCCCAACGAGAACCAACCAUUGGACGACAUCUUAAACUCCUUUGCUAGCUUCGGCUUAAGCGUCCAGGAGAGCACCGUGUGGUCGAUAGGCGGGCACAGCAUCGGCGAGGCCGGUUGUAUCCAUUUCACUAACAGAUUGAACACUUCGGGCGGUGCGGGAAGCUGCCUGCCACCGGUAGAUCCGACCCUGGACCCCGUCCUGGCUUGCAAGUUGGCCGCAACGUGUGCCGCCGGGGCUAAGGGCGCCAACUUCGACUUCGUUACUCCGAAGGUUCUGGACGUCACCUACUUCCAACUGCUGUUGAAGAAGCAAGGGCUUCUGAAAUCAGAUCAAGCGUUCGCAGGAAAUGCACGGACGGCAGCGUACAUUCAGCUGUACGCCAAUUCGCCGGGCCAAUUCGCGGCAGACUUCCUCGCCGCGUACGUAAAGGUGUCGCUCUUUAAUAUCAAUGGGCCAACGACUGCACCCCCGACGCAGUAUUAUUUCCCUUAGAUUGAGCUCGAGCAACGAGGGUGGCUCAUUACAUCACAGCUGGCAUGAUCAUCUGGGUGGACUUCAGGGGCCUUCAGGCUAGACGACGCCCAGGAAGGUCGAAGUGUGAGCAUGCCGUUAGCUGCGUUGUAGACAAGGCAUGGCAGUGGGCCUGUUUGGCAAAGGUAUGAUAGAUAGAUAGAUAGAUAGAUAGAUAGAUAGAUAGAUAGAUAGAUAGAUAGAUAGAUAGAUAGAUAAAUAAACAAAUUGGUGCAGAUAGAUGCGCAGGUUUUUUAAAACAGCCGCAAUGACUAUCUGAGGUUUUUCAAACAAGGAAAAGACGGAGAGAUAGAGAUAGAUGGGUAUAUGGAAAAGAGGUGGAGAUAGAUAUACUGAAAAUGAAAAAAAACAGUCUCGGACUCCCCAUCUACCUGAGAAUAUUGUAUGUUUUGAUAAAUGGAGACAGAUACUAUAGAUAGAGAGAGAGAGAGAGAGAGAGAGAGAGAGAGAGAGAGAGAGAGAGAGAGAGAGAGAGACUAUAGAUAGAUAGAUAGAUAGAUAGGUAGAUAGAUAGAUAGAUAGAUAGAUAAGGAUAUAUACUAAAUAGAUAGCAGAGUCUGAUAAUAUACCAAGUACUGGACGGUGGAAGGAACUUGCCGGGUGACUGCCCGGCCGGCAGACGAUGUCAGCCUUCCAUGGAGCAUUCCUUGCGGCUGUUGUGGUGCUGGAUUACACAGCGAAAGAAGUAACGUAUUUAUUCUUUUUGGGAAUUUCAAAGUCGAUAAAGACCCCUGUGUGUU